AUGACUUGCUCAGCCUGCCUCACCAUCCCACCAGUAGUAAAAACAGACUACACCCCUAAAGGAACCUACGAAAACAUCGCUGGACUUAAGACCUACUCAACCGGUUCCUCCAACAGCACCAAAACUCUCCUGGCAGUCUACGACAUCUUCGGUUUCGCACCUCAAACCCUUCAAGGCGCCGAUAUUCUAGCCACCGCGCUCAACAUCCGCGUUCUCAUCCCCGAUCUCCUGAAUGGGAGAUAUGCACAGGGUGAGUGGUAUGCUCCCUCGGCUGGAGAAGCGGAAAAGAAAGCUCAAGGUGAGUUCAUGGGGUUUGUGAUGGGUUGGGAUGCUUUUGUGCCUAAGAUGAAGGAGGUGAUGGAGGCGGCAGGAACUGGAGAGGGUAAGGUCUGGGCUGGGUAUGGGUUGUGUUGGGGUGGAAAGCUCAUCGCUCAAACAUCCACCACGUCCACCCACUUCAAAGCAUCCGCUCAAAUUCAUCCCGGGUUCCUCGCUAGCACAGACGCAGAAGCCGUUACCAUCCCACACAUGGUCCUCGCUUCCAAAGAUGAAGACCCUGUUGUAGUUGGCGAAUACAAGAGUAUUGUAGAGAAGCGAGGAGGGAAGGUUGAGACUUUUGCAGUAAUGCCGCAUGGGCGAGUUACUCUUUCUUUUUUUGAGUCUGAAAUGGAAGUGCUAAUACGAUAUAGAUGGAUGGGCGCGCGUGCGAAUUUCGAUGAUGAGGAGGGACUGAAGGAGUAUGAGAGGGGGUAUACUGCUUUGGCGGAGUUUUUGAAGGGAUAUCUUUAG